AUGCCGUCCAGCUUCCGGAAGGACUCUGGCUGGUAUCUACAGGUGACGUUCUCCACGAGGCAGCAGGAGGAGUUCGGGGUCGGCGCGGGCGGCGAGGUUGCGAACGCAGUGCGCCACGAGUUUGCGCUCAGGACGCUCCAGAAGGCACGCGCGAAGGGCGAGUCGCUGUCGCACGGGGGCAUGCUCUCCGCGUGGCAGCGCGAGAUGGAGCUGAACAGCACGACGAGCACGACGAGCGCAACGAGCGCGACGAGCACGAGCUCCAGCCAGACUAGCACGACACCGCCGAGCAGCGCGGCCGCCUCCGGCGCAGCGGCCCAGCCCGCGGCGGGGCCAGCGGAGGACCAAGGCCGAGGCGAGGAG